AUGGAGGACGAUGAUAUUGAAUCUAUCUUGUUUAUAUGUAGAGAGGCGAUGGUUUUUAAGAUUCCACCGAGACAGAGCAACGCGGGGUACAGAGCCGCGGAAUGGGGUGACUUGGGUUCUCCCCUAUGGAAGGGGCGAAUGAGAAUCAUUGAGCGUAAUUCUGGAUGUUCAAUCCGCCUCGAGGAUUCACAAACUGGCGAAGUGUUUGCUCAGGCCCCCUACGACGUAACAGGGAUGUCUGUAGAGGCAGUUCUAGAUUCCUCACGCUAUUUUGUUCUCCGCGCCGAGGAUCAAGGCAGGAAAGCGUACAUCGGCAUUGGUUUCGCGGAAAGGGCCGAAAGUUUCGAUUUCAACGUAGCACUUCAGGACUACACUAAACGCCAGAAGGCAUUGUUGAACCCUGAAACGAACGAAAGCGAAACUGCAUCUCCCCACAUCCCUACCGGGCCGAAGAAAGAUUACUCCCUCAAGGAGGGACAAACCUUCUCAAUUAAUAUUCCUGGAGGACGAGGCAGCGCUUCCAAAACACAGUCAACUUCAGAUUCUCUUGGUGGUGCCAUGCCUCUCCUUCCUCCGCCCCCCAAAGGGCCCAGCCGUAGAUAA